AUGGAUGAACAACCAACUAAUCCUCUAAUCAAACUGCCUAACGAACUGCAUCUGCAGUAUGCCUCCUACCUGGACGCUAGGACCCUCAGCCGACUGAGCCGGACGUGCAAGGAAUUGAAGAACAAGUUCAGCGAGGAGCUGGAGCGCGCCCACGAAGCCCACAAGUGGGCGCUCGCGACCGUCAACUACUGGGGGGGUGAGUGGGAGUCGCAAACGGCCGCCGACAUCGAAGCCAGGAUGCGGCAAGAUGACCAGGGGGCAUCAAUCGCGGUGGAAGCUCAUCCCAAAAGAUGGAAGCGGUACCCUCGGCUGUACCACGUCAUCAAACGGGGCCAGAUCGACCUGGUGCAGAACUAUCUGAAGGCCCGGGGCAAUCCCAACCUCCGAUUUGGGCUGGGGGCCAGGCCGAGUAUCAACAAGCCCCUGCUGCAUUGGGCGUUGUGCAUCGGGAACCGGGACGGACAUACGACGAUCGUCCGGCUCCUGCUCGAGCACGGCGCGGAUCCCAACCUGGACGAAACAGAUCGGAAGGAGGGGAUUCGAGGUGCCGGCACUGCGCUGGACUGGGUUGGGCGAGAGCACCGGUGUCUUUACUUCGAAGGCCAGUACCCCCAGCCCGGGGACGCGGAACGAACCAGGCUGGCCCUGGCCUACGGUGCAAGGGCCUCACUCUGUGAAACAAUCUACAGUCUAUAUCAGAUGGAGGAUGGCCCGGCCCUGGUGCAGAUGGCGGUCGUCAAUGGAACCGAUCUGAUGCAGCUGGGCUUCGAAUGGCACAAACUGCUCGGGACGCUGUUCUGGACGGACGCCACAAAUCGGUUCUCCGACGAGCAGGUAUGUGAGCUCUUGGCCCUCGAGCCCGAGCUAGUCACCUUGGUCACGGACGCAACGAGGGACGCCGUUCAGUAUAUCAGACAGCAUCGACCAACCCUUGCCGAGCGCCUGAUUCGGGAACCGAGCCCUUUUUACUGGCUGGCGAAUCUGUUUGAGGACUUAUAUCAUUAUAUCUAGACCGAUGUGCUUCACAAUUGGAGAUCCAUAUCAAAAGAAUAAGAGUGAUUGUAGAAGCCCGGUGUGAUAUGGAACAAACCAGGCUAUAUAUCAAUAUUAUCAUCUCGAAAGAACUUUCGAUUUUCCACUUUAACUGUACAUAGUGGCAUCGCAUCGACGCUGUUGUAUUUCAAAAGAAAAAAACAAUUAACAUUACCUCUGACCCGCUCCCUGCGCAUCCAGCUCAUAAACACGUUCGUUGCUCCCGGCCAGCUCGUGGCGUGUCAUAAGCUGCUCACUCUCCAAUUCGCUCGCCGCCGCUUCGCCCGACACCUCACUGACCGUACACCCCGAGGUGGGGAGUUCGGCCUUCUCCCAACUACCUGCAGCAACUGGCAGGCUUUCCUCCGUUUGAGACACAGCCCGACGCCGCCGUCGGAGGAAGAGAUACC